GGUAAAGAGUGAAUGCGAGCGAAGGGCACAUGGGAACACAGGUAGAUGGAUGACACGGAGCGAUCUGGAGGAGGAGUGGCCGAGCAGAUGCAAGGGGAGGGAUGUGCAGAAGGCAGAGUAGGUUGGAGGCCGGGUAGAGAUGCAGGGGAGGCAGCGGUCAAAGAGAGCCGGGGCUACCGGCCCUGCAAAGGUUCCUCAACCAGUUUUACUUUAUAGUUUGCGGUUUCAUGUGUCCUUACCACACUUAGACUCUGUUCAGCUUGUUGCACUCGUUGAUCUUUACAUAAACAGACACACUGUUACUUUUUGAAAUAAUUUGCUUCGUUUCUAUUGUGCCCACGUAUCUGUCAUGAUGUCAGUAUUGGCAUUUGUCUCUCUUCCCUCUCCAUUUCCUCUUGAUGCCAGUUCCAGUGUUACCUGUUAUCUUGUAUUCUGCAAUAAGCAUAGGGGAUGGAUAAAAUUGCAGUUCCUGUUCCAUAUCAUAUUUACGGUUGGUAUAUUAGAAGGAGUUAUAUUUUCUUCCUGAAAAUCUGUCUCUUGCUACAAUCAGUGUGGUAGUAUUCCUUGCAUAUGAAUAUCAAAUAUUCCUAACACAGUUUCAAGUGCUACAGAGAUGUGUUUCUUUCCAAUGGUUUCAUUUUUAUUGCAGUUGAAGGUUGAGUUUUGUUUGUUUGUUUGUUUUCUUUCUUUCACCCCUCCACAUCCGACACAUCCUAGGCAGGGUUAGGCUUCUUGCAGCUCCUGGUACUUACCAGACUGCAGAAGUGAACAUCACUGCUGCAGCAUGUUUGCAGGGUGCUUUGCUCUCAGACUUGGGCUUUUGAGCAGGUAAUGGAGAGGAAUGGAUCCUGCCCUGAGCUAAUCACAAUCUCAGCAUAGUUAGAAAAGUAAAUGGAAGACAGGGAAACAACAAUAGGCCUUAUCUGGUUUGCUGUUUAAAUAACUGAAAAAAAAAACAAACCAACCUGAUUCUUCUGGGGUCCACCUGAGAAAUCUGAAGACUUGAUGUUUGCAGUACUAGCAGCACUACUCAUAUAAAUGUAUAUUUUAAUGAAUAUAUACUAUUCUUUAGAACAAUAAAAAAAUACACAUUCAUAGUCCUAAAGAGCCAAUUUUUUGAAAUUCAGAGGGGAAUUCAAAAGGUGGAAAAGUAUCCAGGCCUAAACCCUGACCUUAUGAGUCAGGGUUAUAAGCACAUGUGACCCCAUUAAACCUGCAAUUACUCAUGGAAGGUUUAUCUGGGUUGCAGAUUGUCUGCACCAGGAAUGUGGCAGCACCAGAACAGAAUGUGUGGAGCUGAGUUGGGUCUGGCAGAGCUGGCAAGCUGCAGUGCUGUGGGAACGUGGACAGGCUGGAUCCAGGACCAGGUGCAGAAGUGGUUUAACUGCCUUCCUGGCACAGAGCCUGACCUAAUAAACACUUUGAACCCAAGCUGACUCUGCAGAGACCUAUCUCGGGAGUCUUUGGUAGCACGUUUGCUCCACCAGAAGGGCUUUAUACCUGUGAUGUGCAGAGAAGCAAGUGGCUCCACAGAGAGCCAGACGAAUUGUUGAUUUGGGCCGAGUUCCACUUGGUUGAGCUCCAGACAGGCCCUGCAGAUACCUUCAGGUAUCUGAGCCCUUCAUCCUGCCAGAGGAGGGAUAGGUCACCUCCAGGCUGGUGCCAUGUGAGCACUGGAUUGCGUUUGGUGUGGUACUAAUGCCAGAAGCCCAGGAGACGGUGCUGGAGAAGUGUGGAGCCAGCCCGAGUCCAGCAGGACUGGGAUGGAGAAGCCUCUCCCUGCCAAAACUGCAUGUGUAUGGAGGACUUAAAAGAACUGUCUGGGGUUCAGGAGGAGCGCUGAUUCAGGACUGAGGUCUACAGGUGCUGUUUCAAACAUGUCUCUGAGGGACCAUCCCAUCCUGAGUCAGAGGACAAACGAAAGGAACUGAUGCUCUUUUUUUUGUGAUUUCUGAGUGAAGAUGAAUUUAGCAGAGAUUUGUGAUAAUGCCAAAAAAGGAAGAGAAUAUGCACUCCUUGGGAAUUAUGACUCUUCUAUGGUAUAUUACCAGGGUGUCAUCCAACAAAUCCAGAGACAUUGCCAGUCGAUCAGAGAUCCAGCAAUUAAGGGCAAAUGGCAACAGGUCCGGCAAGAAUUAGUUGAAGAAUAUGAACAAGUUAAGAGCAUUGUCAACACUUUAGAGAGUUUUAAAAUGGACAGACCUGCAGAUAUCCCUGUAUCCUGUCAAGAUGAGCCUUUUAGAGAUCCCGCUGUUUGGCCCCCUCCUGUUCCAGCUGAACACAGGGCUCCACCUCAGAUAAAACGUCCCAGCCGAGAAGUGAAACCUUUGAGGAAAGAAUCCCCAGGCCUGCAGCCCCGCGGGCCGGCGGGCAGAGCACACGCAGUGUCCAAGGGCGAGAAGUCUGCGGGCAGCCGCGAAAGGGAAUCUCGAGCUAGAGGAAGAGAUGACAAGGGAAAGAAAAUACCCCAGGAAGUUGGUGAUGGGGAAAUUCCAAAAUUUGAUGGAGCAGGUUACGACAAAGACUUGGUUGAAGCUCUUGAAAGGGACAUUGUAUCAAGGAAUCCAAGCAUUCAUUGGGAUGACAUAGCAGAUUUGGAAGAAGCCAAGAAAUUACUAAGAGAAGCUGUUGUUCUUCCAAUGUGGAUGCCUGAUUUUUUCAAAGGGAUCAGAAGACCUUGGAAGGGCGUGCUGAUGGUUGGUCCUCCCGGCACUGGCAAAACAAUGCUAGCGAAAGCUGUUGCUACAGAAUGUGGAACAACAUUCUUCAAUGUCUCUUCCUCUACCCUGACAUCUAAAUACAGGGGCGAGUCUGAGAAGCUGGUCCGCCUCUUAUUUGAAAUGGCGAGGUUUUAUGCUCCAACAACCAUCUUCAUUGAUGAGAUAGAUUCCAUCUGCAGCCGCAGAGGCACAUCUGAUGAACACGAGGCGAGUCGCAGAGUCAAGUCAGAGCUGCUUGUGCAAAUGGACGGGGUAGGUGGUGCUCUGGAAAAUGAUGACCCUUCCAAGAUGGUUAUGGUAUUAGCAGCUACAAAUUUUCCCUGGGAUAUCGAUGAAGCUCUUAGACGGAGACUGGAGAAGAGGAUUUAUAUACCUUUGCCCACAGCAAAAGGCAGAGCAGAACUACUUAAGAUUAAUCUUCGGGAAGUAGAACUGGAUCCUGAUAUUAGCCUUGAAGAAAUUGCUGAGAAGAUUGAAGGCUAUUCUGGUGCUGACAUCACUAAUGUUUGCAGGGAUGCCUCUUUAAUGGCAAUGAGACGGCGUAUUAACGGCUUAACUCCAGAAGAGAUUCGUGCACUUUCUAAGGAGGAGCUUCAGAUGCCGGUUACCAGGGGGGACUUUGAGCUGGCUCUGAAGAAAAUCUCCAAAUCUGUUUCUGCUGCAGACCUGGAGAAGUAUGAAAAAUGGAUGGCGGAGUUUGGAUCUGCUUAAUCUCAGUGACAGCUCUCCUUUGGUACAGUUUAAUGGCUUUUGUUGUUUUCACUUGCAGAAUGAGUUAGGAACCCUUUUGAAGGUUUAAUAAAAGGUCUGCCUCUGCCCGCAUCCCACCCCCUUCUGGUGACAAGAUCUUUAAAACUCCAUUUGCCUUUAACAGGAAUGAACACAAUAAUAAGUUGAUAUUGUAAAAGAUAUAUUAUCUCUGAAUAGUAAAAUAAGACUAACAGGUACUGAAAAAAUAUACUUGUGAGGCUAAUAUUUUUAUUUUUCCAAAGAAGAGCAGUGUUACUUAACCUCCUCAUAGUCAUCUUUAAUGGCUGGAAUCAGUAAAUCAGCUGGGGAUGUGACUCCAGAGAUGCUGACGAGGGCUUGCUGUACCCCCUGCUCUUCAGUGCCACAUUUCUGUUGAGCUGCUGACUCUGCUUCCCUUGAAUGUGGCACCGAAGUAACUGUGCUCUCUGCUUGGAUACUCAGAGCAAAGCCUGUGGAUUAAUUGGGAUUCCACUGAGGAAAUGAGGAUCACUUUUCCAUCAAGAUAGGAGCUCAGCUCUCCUCCCAUGUGCUCCCAUUUGGAAUCGCUGUGAUGUUACCUGUGACGACUUCUGAUGGAAAUCAGAGGAAAAGGGCCUUGAAUGCUCUCAGUCUGGUUUGUGCUUGAUCUCUGAACAUAGUUUGUACCAGUUUGACCAGUAAAUACUUUGAAGUUCGACCGGUAGGCACUUUUUUACAUCUUGCACUUUUGUGCUUAUGUAUAACCUUAUACUUUGUCUGUGUUGUCUAGAUAUUAUUAUUUAAGUACCAAGAGUUUAUUACAAUAAAGACACUAAUAUCAGGGCCGUCUUUAAAACACGUGGCUGUGGACUUCCACUUCUGUUUAGACAUGAACUCUUUCCUAGCUUUACUAGGCAAUGGAAUUUGCUCCUAUUUAUGUUGCAGAACUGUUAAUGCUUAAUUUUUUAAAUGAAGAUUUCUUAAAAAUUUAUAAAUGUUAUUGAUUUAGGGAAAAAUAAUCUGUACGAUCUUAUUUAUGUUGUUAUCUGUUUCUUCCCACAUACAAGUGUGGGGCUGAGAAGGGCUGGGAUAUAAACUCCAGCAUGAGAAAUUCUCUCUCUGCAGUAUAACUCUUAUGCUGACUAUGUGAAAUUUGCACAGACUCGGGCUGUGAGUCUGACAUACAAAGGUUUCCCAUGGUAGGAAUGAGAAGAAGUCUAAUUUACAGAGGAAUGCGCAAUGUCACAAGUUUUUGGUUAUUUUGUGAUCUGGGCCCAAAGUACCUUGGCGGAUGCGAGUUGCUGUGCAGUUCGGUAUCUAUUCUACCCUCCAGCUCUCUGCUGAGACUCCUAAUGGCAUAGCCAGGUGUGGUGAACUGGGGUAAGAAACAGAUAACACCGCCUCUUGAACAGGAGUAUAUCUUUAUUUGCUCCUUUUUGCUGGUUCUUGGAAGUUCCCAGUAGUAUCAGUAAUUCAGCACAUUGGUCUCUUGGGCCAUGACAUAUGAACCACGGCGGCAAAUACUGCUCAGGUGUGUUUACUGCUCAAUACAGCAAGGUCUGUCAGGAUAUGUGCCUGACAGCUCUGCAACAUCUGUCUGAUACAUGAGUGACUUUUGAAGCUGUUUUACCAUUGUGGCUUUGUCUGUCAGUAUUCCUUUUUCUUUCUUUGUAUGUCAGGACAUACAAAGGAUUGAUCCUGUCAUUUUAGAGGGCCGCCCCAAAUUGCAUGGAGAAACACCAUGGAGGUUCUGUCAGUCUUACAUUUGAUGUGAACCUCAAAUGGGGGCUUUAGAAGCAUGUUUCCAUGUGGUACUCCAGAAAAAAAUACCUUCUGGGGCCCCCAGACUGGUUGAGACACAACUGCUGUUCAUCUCUUUUCAAGAACAGAGCAUCUCCCCUGACUAGGCCCUGUUAUGCUCCUGACAGGGAGGUUACUGCAGCAGGAAUGUCAGCUUCUACCCUCUUCACCUCCAGGAAGAAAGAAGAGGUCCAGUCGCUUCUUUCCUGACUAGUUUGCAUUAACUGCACAGUAGAGCCCUUGGGAUAGAUUCACCAUACAUGUGACUGUCAGACUAAAAGGAACAGCUCUCUCUGCACUGGAAGAUGAGCAAGCAGAAGCCAUGUUGACUCUUUAUAAUUUUUGGAUAAAUUCCAACCAGGGCUAGUCUGUUCCUCCCAGGGAAUAACAGGACCUUUAUAGAGAGACAGCUUUGAAAACAUUGCUACAGUCUGUCAUUUCCUUAUGAGAGCUGUAGGCUGUAGCCAUUACUCUUUGUUUGUUUUACUGCAUUAGAAAUUAAUAAAGCUACAUGAAUCUUUUGUGGCCAGUGCCAGACUAGCACUUCAGGGUCUCUCACUAGAGAGGCCAUUGCUGCCCAAGGAGCUUAGUCCACACAAGCAGGAUCUAGAAGGGAAUAGACAUGAAUCCAAAUGACUUGCCCUGUUCAGAGUAGUGCUGGGAUUCAGCUGCUGCUGCUGCUUAGGGAGGUCUAAGUACCAGUUUUCUCAGUUCCAUGUUGCAAGCAGCAGUACCCUUCCUGCUGAUGAAAGCACAGUGUUUAGCAAAAAUGUCAUUCCUUAGCUCUUUGAUGCAUCUUCUAAUUUAAGGCAUUAAACUUCCCUUUUGGCUGUUAAGCAAAAUUCACUGUACUGGGUAUUCCCUCUAGUAGGAUUUAUUCAGGUGCUGCAGCCUUUUUCUCUAAAGGUCAUGAUUUCUACCCCGAAUACAUUUUUUCUUGUACUGGUCCUUUCCUGCUGCAGAACAGAAAAGUGAAACUUUCCAAGCCGUAGAUGUUUACCUGUACAAUGGUUGUGCCCAAGCGUUACACACUGACUUGGGCCCUGCUGGAUCAGGCACCCUGCAAGACAGAGACCAUCCCUUUGCUGCUGAGACUUCUCAGGACAGGGCUCUGACCCCGUGUGCUGACCCUUACAUCUUUCCCGAGUCACACUGGUGUGCUCGCCUGGGUGGGCUUGGGAACGGGUUAUUAACUCAAGAGGGGAACCAGCAGCGAGGUGCGGCAGGGAGCAACCAGGGAAGGAAGGUCAGGCCAACAGUGGCAGCAACUAAAGGCCCUAAGGAUGAGCUUACGGCUCAGCCUAAGUCUGGUUCGUGUCCCACUGGUGGAAACCCUUGUGUAGGGAUGUUGGAUUCUUCGUAGAGCAAUGCACAAGCAUAUCACAGCUUGCUGCGACAACUUGUUCAGCCUGUGGCUCUGUGUGUGUGGAGAUACACGUGCACACGUGUGUAUAUGUAUAUAUGCACACACAAUGUGUGGUGCUUCAGUAGGUUGUACCUAAAUUACAUUUUAAAAUAAGUUUUAAAGCUGUGUUUACAUGUCUCUUUCCAAACAUCUGUGAAGUCUCUCUUGGGUGGCACUGUUAAUUUUUGUACAAUAAGCAAUCUGGUUUUAUGAAGUAAUAAACGUGCAUGUAGAGUC